UUAUCUGACUAUAUCUGUUAUAAUUUGCUGUUUUGUUAUGUACCAUAACAUUAAUAAACUGUUUACCCACCAAAAAAAGAAAAAGAAAAGAAGGGUACAACAGGUAGGGCUACAUAUAAAUAUAGUGGUCAGUAUGUAAUAAAAUCAAGGCUUUGCUUUUAGGAAUGCUUUUGUAAAUAUUUUUGUUCCAUUGGUGAUUGAAUCCAUGGAUGAAAAGCCCAUGGAUAUGGGGGGCCAACUAUAACUGCUUAUAUAAAUUUGGUACACCCAGGUAUAUCAAGUUUCUAUGAUAAGGACUGAGAUUCAAAAUGCUUUCUGAGUGUUGGUGUCUAAAGAAAAUAUUUAAGCACCUGAAUAAUUUUUGGCACUUGGAACAGCUUUGUCUCAUGGUAGACAUUAUUAGCAUUAUCUCUGUGCAUAAAAACACAUAAGUGCAAAAUAAUAGUAAAGGGAAUGUGACUAAAAGUUCAGAGUAAAGGAUGGGUGUGGUCAGCUUAAAUGAAAUUGUUCAUAUAUACAAUAUACAUUUCCUGUUUCCACAAUGGAAAAUACAGAAAGAACGAAAGGAAAGUGGACUGUCUCUUCUCAUAUGAUACAGUAUUUAAGUUGAAGACAUCUUUCAAAUUGAGUAAUCGUUCUUUUUGAUGAAAUAGUAGCUUUGCUCACUGCGGUUUGUGCACGUUUUGAGCCAACCCACAACUUCAUAUCUCACAUCAUCAUAAUAAAGUCUUAUUACCUUAACAGGUGAGCUGAAAGUCUCUCCCUCUCUGCCUCUUUCUUGUUCACUCAUAUUCUCUCUCUUGUGCUCACACAUUUACAGUCUCUGUUGUUGUCAGUGCUCUGUUUCAUACCAAGACUCUGUAACUUGAAAAACAAUCUACCUUUAUUCCUCUGCAGUGCCAAAUACCAGUUUCCAGUGUGUUUUGGACUAAGAAAAAAUUGAGCAUCUCCACCAGCCUGGCGUCUGAUUGUGAGAUGGUGGCCCUUUUUCUCACCAUUGCCUUUUCCAGCAUUGUGGCUGGCUUCUCCAAAGUCAUGGAAGUGACCCAGCCAGUGUUCACAGUGGUGAAAAGCCAAGGGGCUGCCAACUUCCAGUGUGGAUUCACAAACACCGAGGAUGCAAGUAAACUCAGAAUAACUUUGCUUAAACAGGAGGGCAAUGAGUCUGUCCAGAUAUGUGCAUUGUCUUUUCCUUUGGAGGAAGGCAGUCUAUUCAAGACGAAUGAGGAUGGCAUCCAGUGCCAAAUUCAUCCUGGCAGAGAGAGUGUAAAUAUUACCCUUUGGGGUCUAAAGGCCACUGAUGCUGGGCUGUAUGUGUGCCAGAUGGAAUGGAUUUAUCCUCCGCCCUACUACUCAGUCCUGGGAAGUGGGACCCAGCUUUUUCUCCUUGAGAGAGAUGCAUGCCCAGCUGUAUAUCCGUAUUUUUGGAUUUCUGUGAUGAUUGCUUCUGGAUUGCUUGGCUACAGUAUUUUAAUCACAAUCUACAUGAAAACAAAGGUGUUACGAAAAAGCAUGUAUUUUACGCCUGGGAUCUACGAGAAAAUUAUACCGAUGUAAUCAAGAGAAAACUGCCAUUGAAAGAGAAGAAAUACUAACUUCUGUGAAGUUUUUAUGAAGAAAAUGUAUUUCCUAAUACAUAGGAAAGCAAUUUUAAAUCUCUUGAUUGUGAUUGGUUCACAAUGAAGAGGAAGGUCUAUGCAUUAACAUAAAGAAGAAUAACAAAUUUACACUUAGUUCUUGAAUUUCUUAGGAUUUAUCCACAUAAUUACAUACACAGAAUGAUCUUGCAGAAGUGAUUCCACAGUAAAAAUAAACAAUAUAUUCUGGCUUGAGUUAGGAAGUUCAGCAAAACCACCACACAGAGCUUGUCCUGUAAUGUAUCUCUGCAGAUUGCAGAUUGUUUACUUUCUUGAUAUGUUGUGGUUAUUACAGUGUGAGAAAGUUUGACAUAUUUUGUUUUAAAAGUCAAUCUUCUUAUUUAGGCAGUCUCAAACCACCAGGGAUCACAAAGGCAAAGAGAUGAUAUCUAUUUUCCAAUAACCAAUCAGAUGCAGAUACAUGAUGUCACAAAAUCAAAUUGAAGUAAUGUGAUUAACAUUGCUUGUAGCCUAAAGAAGCCACAUUUCAGUGUAAUUUAGUCAAUCAGAUCUGAACGUGUGUGGUGACAUCAAAAAUGACAUCAGGGAAAUGCUUCUGUUCUCCCUCAUUUUAUUCAUUUACCAAGCACACAAUGAGUAUACAACAACAACAACAAUUCUUUAUUGAUUAGUCACUUUUGACCAUAUCAAAACAUGUAAAACAUACGAUACAUACACACUGAGUAUACAUGCGUUUGUGGGAUGUUUACCCUAUCUCCAAUUCUGAAUCUGCUCUAGUUUUGUAUUUCUAGCAUUAGAUCACUGAGACAUCAUUUCCAUCUUCGCCUCCCUCAAAGAAUUUCCUCCUACCAGAAUGAUGGUAUUGAAAGGCCAUCCUUGUUCUCUUUAUUCAAUGAAGAAUCUACCACAUAUUACAGCUUUUCAUGCUUCAUCCCCCCAUCUUAUUCUCAUUUAUAUUGUAUUUUAAAUAAAUGUUUUGUAAAUAUAA